AUGUCGGCGUCUCCACCAAGCGGCUCGGCCAAGCGACGGGUCCGCACAGAGGCUCAGAUGAGCCAGAAGCGACUGGCCGACCGCGUCAAGCACAGAGAGAAUCGCCAGGAGCAUAAACUGAGAAUGGAGAGAAUGGAAUCGGAUAUUGCGCAGAUUCGAAAAAAUCUGGAUACUGUUUCUGCACAGUUGAGGACGUUGCCUCAGUUGGGUGCUGAAAUGAUGGCUUCACAACAACAGCAACAACAGCAAAGGUCAAGUCAAAGACAGGCUGGGAAUGUGUUUUCAUCAACAGGUCAAAACCCCGGUGAAGCGUACGAGAUGGAUACUAGCACCGAGACCCCGGACUUCCCCGCAACGCGAUCUGCAACAUCAAACGGCACAGGUAGACCAACACCAGCACAAGCGCCUCAUCCCGAGCCCGAGAUCCAGAUGCCACCACCCGAGGUCAUGUCAAGUUUAUUCCCCACACCAUCGCACGUGGAUUGUCGAUGCGGAGUGCAGCAUCACUCCCAGUCCGACUGUCUCGAGUACCGCAGUUUCGCCAUCCUGUACGAAACCCAUGCAGCGUUUCCCCAGGAUCCUCUUCAUGCGCGAUCCCUGCCUCGGAACCCUUCGUUGCCUAAUAUGACGCUUCACUCGUACGGUGACAACGCUGUCACAUGUUUUCUUACCUCCUUCCUCAAGGGGUUCGAGAUGGCCAGUGUGGAGACUUUGUUUGGCGUUUAUUUCUUUGCCUAUCGACUUAUGAGGUGGCGCUUACAUCCCGAUCCUAUGACGCUCAAGGACGUGCCGCCGUGGCUUCUACCAACCGAGGUCCAAAAUACAUAUCCCCAUCCUGUGAGCAUCGAUUACAUCCCUUGGCCCGAUCUUCGUGACUUUCUCUGUACGAAUCCGCGUAUCAAGUCGAGGCAUUCUGUCAAGAUGUAUCUCGAGUCUUUGCAGCUGAAGUGGCCGCCAGGGUGUUCGCUCAUGACGAUGGAAGGUGGGCAGGUCUGUGUCAGUCCCGAGUUUGAGGCUAUUGCAUGUGAUCUUAAUAACUGGAAGCUGGGACCUCCUUGGUUAGACGCUUUUCCGCGUUUGGUUUCGCUGGUGCAUCCUUAG